CCGCUGUAUAAUUUUUCCCGUCGUUUGCCCUUCGAAGGAAAACCCUUGGGUUCCGUGAUCGACCGAAACCUAGCGGCGAGGCUGUCGUCAUCCAUGGCGACGGAGCCUCAGAAGCGGUGCCUCUACGAGGUUCUUGGUGUUCCCCGCGACUGUUCCCAGGAGGAGAUCCGCUCCGCGUACAGGCGCCUCGCUCUCCAGCUCCACCCUGACAAGGUUGCUGCCUCCGGAGCUGCUGAUGCGGCCUCAGCCACCGCCGCCUUCCAGCAGCUUCUCCACGCCUACGAGGUUCUCUCCGACACGAAGGAGCGCGCUUGGUACGAUUCCCACCGUUCCCAGAUCCUCUUCUCCGACUCCUCUUCCUCCAAGGGUCACAAGCCGUCCGCUUUCUUUGACCUCGAUCUCUUCGCCUUCUUCUCGAGCUCCGUAUUCUCCGGUUAUUCCGACUCCGGCAAGGGCUUCUACAAGGUCUAUGGCGACCUCUUUGCCAAGGUCUACGAACAAGAGAUCUGGUUUGCAAAGCAGAUGGAUCUGGGCGCCGACGCCGUUGCUCCUUCCCCUCUCAUCGGUAAUCUUGAUAGCCCGUAUUCACAGGUUUCAGCUUUUUAUAAUUAUUGGCUUGGCUUUUCUACUGUAAUGGACUUUGGAUGGGUGGAUGAGUACGAUUCUUCACUGGGUCCUAAUCGAAGAUCCAGACGUGCUAUGGAGGAGGAGAACAAAAAAUUGAGGAAGAAGGCAAGGAGGGAAUACAUUGAUACUGUGCGUGGGUUGGCAGCAUUUUCAAAGAAGAGGGAUAAAAGGGUAGUUGAUAUGGUGGUAAAGAAGAAUUUGGAGGAAGAAAAGCGACGUGCAGAAGAGAAGGCAAAGAAGAAGGAGGAGGAAAGGAAGAAGAUGGAGAGGACAAAGCUGUACCAAGAGCCUGAAUGGGCAAAAAUUAAUGAGGAGGAGUAUGAGUUUGAUGGUUUUGAAGAUGAGAAUGACAAAAAGGAAAAAGGUGGCCAGGAGUUCUAUUGUGUAGUGUGUAAUAAGAAAUUUAAAUCAGACAAGCAGUGGAAAAAUCAUGAGCAGUCGAAGAAGCACAAGGAUAAAGUUGCAGAACUGAGGAUGACAUUUGAGGAGGAUGAAGAGUUUGUAGAAGAAAAGCUUGAUGAUGGAGCUCACGUGAGCUUUGACUAUGUUCCUCAAGAAUCAGAAGAAAGUGAUGAUUUUGAGGAGGUUUCUGAAAAAUUUGCAGACGCAUUAGAAUUGUCAGAGGAUGAUGAGGAUGGAGGUCAUCAAGAGGAUGUAGCAUUGCAGGAGAAUGACAAUGAGGAGGAGCAUGCUGAGGAGACGGACGAUGAAGCUAGCAUUUUGGAAGCAAUGGUCACAGGCCGUAGGAAAAAUGACAACUUUAACCAUUAUGAUUCGUUGUUGAAUAACAAUCCUAACAAUGUUGAACAAAGUAGCAUGGAGUUCGGUAGCCAAAAAAGAGGCCGCAAGAAUCACACAUCGGGGAAAGAAAAUAGUGAAGAGGAUCCUGAAGUUAAAGAAAGAGAUGAAAUUAGUAGGGAAGAAACAGAAGUUCAGAACCAAGAAUCAAGUCCAUUUUUGAAUGUUGAGUCUGCUUCUCAAUCAUUCAAGGUUAAAUCAGCAGUUAGUAAAAAAAAUAUUUCUACUGCAAAGAAUCAGAAAUCCAAAAAACAACAGGCUGAUGGCAAAGGUGUUGGAAAGAAGAUUUCACCUGCUGAUUCUAACAACUUAUUGAGAGGAAAGAAGCAAAAGGCAAACUCAAAAGCACCUUCUAAUGAGUGUGAGACAUGCGGGGAAACCUUUGCAACAAGGAAUAAAUUAUUUGCGCAUUUAGGGGACACAGGCCAUGCUUCGUUGAAGCACAGGUGAAAAGACAUCCUGCCUUUGCAUCAAGCAAUUAUCAAGACAAGCAAGUCGACAAUUCUUUUCAGAUAAAUUUAUCUUUGUUUACCUUCUCUUUGCUCGGUAAAAGGAUUGCUAUAUCUGAACCCAUUUAGAUACGAUGACAAUUUUUGGGAAUUCAGAUAUAUGCAAUGAGGAAUAUUUUCUUUAGAAUUGGCAACACGCCAUAUGUACGAUGAAUUUUGACAAUUAAUAUUAAUUCUUUUUGUUAGA